UUAAAGAAUAAGGGAAUAACAAAACUUCGAAUGCUUGGUUCGGUCCUGAGCACAAUCCUUUUCAGUUUAUCGUUCGUUCAAGAGUCUUGAAACCCAAUCCACCAAUCCCCAACCCCCAUCCCCAUCCCCAUCGUCUUCUCUCCACCACCAACUAUAACUCAUUGCUCUGCACUUCAUCUUCCUCCUUCCACAUCAAAUUCAGAAAGAAAAACCAGAAACCAAAUUGCAAUCCUCAACCUAUACUAUACUCCGUUCUUGCUUCUCGCAUCUUCCAGAUUUUGAACUUACAGAGUCAAAUCAACAUGUCUGGAGGUGACAAUGGUUCGUCGAAGCUUGACGUGUCGCCAUAUGAUGAGGCAAUGGAGGCUCUUUCUUCUCUGAUUACCAAACGUAGUCGGGCGGAUAAGAGCAACAAGGGCGAUCGAUUUGAUUUACUGUUUGAUUAUCUCAAGAUUCUGGAAUUGGAUGAGUCAAUUUCACAAAUGAAGAUUAUCCAUGUGGCAGGCACCAAAGGGAAGGGAUCAACUUGCACUUUUACAGAAGCUAUAUUACGCAAUUGUGGCUUCCAUACUGGGCUUUUCACAUCUCCUCAUCUCAUUGAUGUUCGAGAAAGAUUUCGAUUGGAUGGUGCGAACAUAUGUGAAGAGAAGUUCUUGGCAUACUUCUGGUGGUGUUAUGAUAGAUUGAAGGAAAACACCGGUGAUGAGAUACCCAUGCCUACUUACUUUCGCUUCCUUGCCUUACUUGCCUUCAAGAUAUUUGCAGCAGAGCAGGUGGAUGUUGCUAUCUUGGAGGUUGGGUUAGGUGGAAAAUUUGACGCAACAAAUGUGGUUCAGACACCAGUAGUUUGUGGUAUAACUUCCCUUGGGUACGACCACAUGGAAAUUCUUGGUAACACUCUUGGAGAAAUUGCUGGGGAGAAAGCUGGUAUUUUCAAGCUUGGAGUUCCAGCUUUUACUGUACCCCAGCCUGAUGAAGCAAUGCGUGUGCUUGAAGCGAAGGCUUCCCAAUUGCAUGUACAUCUUCAAGUAGCAGCUCCAUUGGAUGCUAACUUGCUGAACGGUCUACAUCUUGGGCUUGACGGUGAGCACCAAUAUCUGAAUGCUGGUCUUGCUGUUGCAUUAUGCUCUACGUGGCUUCAAAGGACUGGCCAUCUUGAAGUCAAUUACCUGCAACAGACUACUUCUCUGCCUCAGCAAUUCAUUGAAGGGUUAACAACUGCUGCUUUGCAAGGACGGGCUCAAGUUGUACCAGAUCGGUAUAUUGAGAGUGAAAGUCCAGGAAAUCUGGUGUUCUACUUGGAUGGAGCCCAUAGUCCUGAAAGCAUGGAAGUAUGUGCAAAAUGGUUUUCUCUUGCGAUCAAAGAUGACUACCAACAGCUGAAUACCGUAAGUAAUCUGGUACAUGAACAUAAAAGAGUUUCAGUUGAAUCAGUUCAGAUGGACCAGCAUGAGACUUUCAAGAAGAAUUCCACACAGAUUUUGCUGUUCAAUUGUAUGUCAGUGAGGGACCCUCAAUUGCUUCUUCCACGCCUGAUGAAUGCAUGUGCUAGUCAUGGAGUCCAUUUCAAGAAGGCACUGUUUGUACCAAACACAUCAGUAUAUUACAAGGUGGGAUCCAAUGCCUUACCGUCAUCCGACACUCAAGUUGAUCUUUCAUGGCAGCUGACUCUUCAAAGAUUAUGGGAGAACCUCAUCCAUGGUCAAAAAGGGAGCAACACAAAGAAUACCGACUUAAUUUGUGAAGAAGAUAUCAAUUGUACAGAAAAAGUGCUAGGAUUUGUGAGAACAGCACGGUGUUUCCUUCACUUCCGUCAGCUAUCAAUUGGCUCAGAGAGAAUGUCCGAAAACAUCAAUCUGUUCGCUUUCAGGUCCUUGUAACUGGUUCAUUACAUCUUGUGGGUGACGUGUUGAGAUUAAUCAAAAAAUAAGAUACAGAACCUAAUUCUCAUCGCCACUGACUGCAUUUGGUUCCAUCUGCAACAAAUUUAGGUAUUCAUGAUUUCAAAGGUGACAAUAGACUCAGAAUCUUUACUUUCCACAUGAUACCAUCUCGAUGUGCUCCAAUAGCAUUCUGUAUUUCGACACUGUUUUUCGUACUCAUGGCAGCUUUCAUAGGGAGAUUUUACUGUUUGAUUGUUUAAUGUGGUAUGAUUUUUAGCCAACGUAUUAUCAAACUAAUUUAUCGUGAAUUCUGUGAAAUAAUUUAUGGAAAACUCUUGGCUAGCAGCCUCUAGUGUACUGAGAACAAUCAGUAUAGAUGCGAAGUGCAUAUAUUUUUGUUGUGUAGUAUGUUUUUUUCUGAUGGGGUUUGUCUGAGACUCUUGAG